AGGAAUACUGUCGCUUUGCCUUUACAAGCUUCUUCUUUCCUUCUUUCCUUCUUUUCUUUUUUUUGUUUCUGGUUUUGAAGCCAAACUUCUAUUCUGUAAAGCAGCAUCGUUCCUACAAAACCAAAACCAACAAACAAAGUUGCUUCCGCAUAAGCCCCCACCAGAGAACAGCAACUUCAUUCAAAUCAAGUCAAAGCAGGACAGCAAAAGAAAAAAGAGAACCCACAGAAGGAGAAGAGAAAAAUGAGCGAGCGCGUUGUUCGUGUCGGCUUUCUGGGUGCCGCCAGCAUUGCAUGGCAGGCGUGGGCGGGUAUCAGAAACAGCGGGCUGGUUGUGACGCGUGUGGGCUGCCGCAACGCAGAGCGCGGGCAGCAAUUCGUGAAGGACGCGUGCCGCACCUUCCAGAUUGACGCCGCAGACGCCCCAUCAGUGUGCACCUACGAAGAGCUCGUCGCAGCCGACGAUGUGGACGUGGUUUACAUCGCCAUCCCCGUCACUACGCGUGAGAAAUGGGUAAAGGAGUGCGUGGCACACAAGAAGCACGUCAUUGGCGAAAAACCGCCGGCGAAGGACGCGGAGCAGCUGCGAAUGUGGAUUGAGGCUCUAGAUGCGCAAGAUCUGUUGUACAUGGACGGCACGAUGAUGUCCCACAGUCAGCGCAUGAAAGAUGUGUGCGCUGCCGUGAAGAAGCUCGGUGGUCCGGUGAAGCACAUCUACGCCACCUUUUGCUGGACGGCCACACCUGAGUUCAUGGCAAACGACAUCCGCUUUGACCCGGCCCUCGAACCCCAUGGUUCGUUGGGGGACAUCGGCUGGUACUGCAUCCGCUACAUUUUGCACAUCAUGGACUUCGAGAUGCCCACGGAGGUGACGGGACGCAUUCUGCAGCAACACGAGAGGGGCGGCAUCAUCGGCUUCGCGGGGGACAUGAAAUUUGAAGUGGACGGCGUGCCCUGCAUCGCCAGCAUCUACUGCUCCUUCAAAACCGCGUAUCAGCAAGUGGUGCACGUGGCAACGACGGAGGGCACGCUGCGCGUCGAUGACUUUGCGUUUCCCAACACGACUCGCUCCGACUCCCUCUUUUAUGAGGUGCACAACAGCAGCCACGAUGAGGUGUGCGUCGCGCACAACGUGUCGACCACCAUCACGCACACGGUGCCGAACGAUAACGCGAACAACGUGCGGGAUGCCAUGUGGCGCGACGUAGCGCGGGUGCUGCGCGAAGAAGGCGAGGGCGAACACAAGCGACUGAAGGCAGACCCGGAGGAGUCGCGCUACUGGGCCACCAUUGCGUGGAAGACGCAGGCGGUGAUGGACAAGAUGCUGGAGUCUGCUCGCCAAACCAGCGGCCUUGCCCCAGCGACUGCGUGA